AUGCUGGACUACGAAUGGGCCAACCCUUCCUCCGUCAUUCUGGAUGGAUCCGAGUCCGUUAACGGAUCCGACCCGAACCGACACCUCCACCACCACAACGGCAUACUCGACCACUACGCCACCACUCAGGUCGCCUUCAACAACCUCCUCCCUCCUCAGCCUCAGCAGCAGCAGCACUCGGCCUUCGCUCAGCAUUUCGGCCAGUCCCAGACCCAGGCCCACCAGGUGCACUCCCUCUUCGACCCCAGCGUCUUCGCCAGCGCGUCAUCCUACGCGCCGACGACGCACCACCACUCCAUGCUCAGCCUCGACCCCUCCAUCCCGGGCCACCACGGGCUCAUGUUGAUCCCCAAGAGCGAGGACAUGUGUCCGCCCACCGACUUCGCCACGAGGAUCGGGCUCAACCUCGGUGGGCGGACCUACUUCUCGUCCGAGGACGACUUCAUGAACCGGCUCUACCGCCGGUCCAGGCCGGCCGACCACGGCCCGCUCAACUCCCCGAGGUGCCAGGCCGAGGGCUGCCACGCCGAUCUCUCCCAGGCAAAGCACUACCACCGCCGCCACAAGGUCUGCGAGUUCCACUCCAAAGCCUCCACCGUCAUCGCCAACGGGUUAACUCAGCGAUUCUGUCAGCAGUGUAGCAGGUUCCAUCUUCUUGCGGAGUUUGACAACGGAAAACGCAGCUGCCGGAAGAGAUUGGCCGAUCACAACCGUCGCCGGCGAAAAUCUCAGCAACCAAGUCAAGAAAACCGCAGCUCUCAACCGCUGUCUGAAACUGCCCGGAAUUCAUCUUCAGACAACGUUACAAAGUCCCCGGGGGAGUCUGCUGGUCAUUCGUCUUCGGCUGUGACUGUGGCCCUGUCGCCGCCGCGAAUUGGGUUGGAUUGUUUCAGGCCAAGGCUACAAACCACAACCUCUUCAGGGUCAUCAAGCUCACUUUUUUUCUCAAGAGGGUAAAAACGACAGUUCCAUUUUAAGGGUUCCAAGGAAGCAAGACUUGGCGAUUUACAUACGGACGAUUUAAAGUAGUUUUAAGUAGCUGAUUAAAUUAAUGUCGUCGUCUAUCUUUAAUCUUCCCUAAAUUUUUCAGUCCUAGCUAGUCUGAAAACGAAUUGUCAUCACCAUCAUCAUCACUACAUGAGCAGUAUUAUUGAAGCUAAUCCAUUUGAUCGAUUUGCCUA